CGUUACGUCACCGAGCUCCUUCCAUCCCUGAUGGGAAAGGAUGCUGCUAAUGUCUGCAUGUAAAGAAAAAUAAUAAUUAAGAAAAAAUCAAGCAAUACAAGAGAAAUAGGCGUCCCCCUCCUAUCAGGGCGCUGUUUGAACGCUGCAGGCUGCAGGACGUGGAUUUCAACCCAUGGAUUAAAACAACAGAUGGGCACAGUAGGUGUUCCACAUUAGCUUCGAACAGACAGUCCUCUCCCAGACGAAGGAAAAGAAAUCUGCUGUUCUUGUACAAAGAAGAACGCAAGAGUACGUCUUUACAUGAAAGAAGAAUGAUUCUUUGUUAACAGCUUGGGUGUGGUACAUAUUUGUCCUAUCUUCACUUUGUCUACUGGUUGUAGUCUGUCUGUCAGGAUGUACGGCAGCUCUCGCUCUGUGAGCAAAAUGGAUGGCAACCACAGUGGGAAUCGGAACAGCCAGGGUAACUCAGGCCGAUCUCCACGGCUGCCACGCUCACCCCGAAUGGGACACCGCCGCACUAACAGCAUGGGGGGCAGUGGUGGUGGGCCUGGUGGCCCUGGGGGGAAAACUCUUUCCAUGGAGAACAUCCAGUCACUGAAUGCUGCUUAUGCCACGUCUGGUCCAAUGUACAUGAGUGACAACGAGGUUGCUCUUGCCACCUCCUCCGACAUCCCGAAAAGUGGCAUGGCAACCGGACGAUUUGGUGGGAGCAUCCCAUAUGGUGUACGUGGAACAGUCACUGGGAGCACGCCUGAUAUGGCCAUGGUACCUACUGUGUCCACAGACUCCAUGAGCUUUGGAGGAGAGCUCCAUACAGCUUCCACAGUGCCACAUUCGUUGCGCCAGGCCAGGGACAACACCAUUAUGGAGUUGCAAGCGCAGCUGAAGGAGGUGUUGAGGGAGAAUGAGCUCAUGAGGAAGGAGGUGGAAGUGAAAGAGAGCAAACUCAGCUCAUCCAUGAGCUCCAUCAAGACCUUCUGGAGCCCUGAACUUAAAAAAGAAAGGGCACUCCGCAAGGAUGAGGCCUCCAAGAUAGCCGUGUGGAAGGAGCAAUAUCGUGCCAUUCAAGAUGAGACUCAGCACCUGCAGACCACAGUGCAGGCGCUUCAGGCUGAACUGCGCAUCCAACGUGACCUUAACCAGCUGCUCCAGCCGCCUGGGGAGCCGCUCACUCUUGAGCCAGGUGAGGAGCAAGAAAGGCAGGCUCGUGAGCUUGUCCUGCUCCGCCGCACCAUUCAGGAAAUGGAGCUGCGGCUGGAGACUCAGCGGCAGACGCUGGUUGCACGUGAUGACUCUGUCAAGAAGCUCCUGGAGAUGUUGCACAAUAAAGGGCCAUCAAGCAAGUCCAGCGAGGAAGACCACGAGCUCACGUGCCGCCUAGCCGACGCUGAGAUGCAUGCACAUCACUUGGAGAACCUGCUGGAGCAGCGGGAUAAAGAGAUGGUGGCUUUGCGAGAAGAGCUGCACCGGCGCCUUGAAGGGACCCCAGAGUCUACAAAAACCAAAGCUCUGCAAACUGUCAUUGAGAUGAAGGACUCACAGAUCAGCUCUCUGGAGCGAGGGCUCAGGGAGCUGGAGGACCAGGUCAUGAUGCUACGCUCUAGUAACAUGCUCACUUGCGAGGAGCGACAAGAGGAGGUGAAGCAGAUGGAGGUUUACCGAAACCACACUAAGUUCAUGAAGAACAAGAUGGACCAGGUGAAGCAGGACCUCUCUAGGAAGGACACCCAGCUCCUUGGCCUGCAGACCAAACUUGAGACGCUUACCAAUCAGUUCUCUGAUAGCAAACAGCAUAUUGAGGUGCUCAAAGAGUCCCUGACUGCCAAAGAACAGCGAGCUGCUAUUUUACAGACAGAGGUGGAUGCCCUGAGGUUGCGUCUUGAGGAGAAGGAAACGCUGCUGAACAAAAAGAGCAAGCAGAUCCAAGACAUGUCUGAGGAGAAGAGCACACUAAAUGGCGAGAUACAUGAUCUUAAAGACAUGCUGGAAGUCAAAGAACGAAAAAUCAAUGUGUUACAGAAAAAGAUUGAGAACCUGCAGGAGCAGCUGAGGGAUAAAGAGAAACAGAUGAGCAGCUUGAGAGAAAGAGUGAAAUCUCUGCAGACUGAUACUUCGAAUACAGAUACAGUUCUCAGCACCCUAGAGGACUCUCUGGCUGAGAAGGAACGAAUCAUCGAGCGGCUGAAGGAGCAGCGAGAUCGGGAGGAGCGGGAGAAGGCAGAGGAGUUGGACAGCAGUAAGAGAGAGCUAAAAGAGCUUAAAGAGAAAGUGAGCUUGCUGCAAGGAGACCUUUCAGACCGAGAAAAUUCUCUGCUGGACCUUAAAGAGCAUGCAUCAUCCUUAGCCUCGUCUGGGCUAAAAAAAGACUCCAAACUGAAAACUCUGGAGAUUGCCCUUGAGCAAAGGAGGGAAGAGUGCUCAAAACUGGAGAACCAGCUUAAAAAGGCCCAGAACGCAGCUGUUGAGGCACAGGCCAACUCAGAGCUCUCUAAGCGAAUUGCCUCACUAGAAGCUGAUGUGGUCAGGCACAGAGAGGAGUCUGGGAAGGCCCAGGCCGAAGUCGACCGACUGCUAGAGAUCCUACGCCAGAUGGAGAAUGAGAAGAAUGACAAAGACAGAAAAAUCAAUGAGCUUGAAAGUGUGGCUUCCAGGCAGAUGAAAGAGCAGGGCAAAAAACUGCCUGGAAAACACAGGGAGCCAGCUGGCAAAGGCCGCAGUGCCAAUGAUGGCCCACAGCAGGAGACUUUGAGGCAGAAGGCAGAGCGCAUUGAAGAGCUGGAAGAGGCACUGAGGGAGAGUGUGCAGAUGACAGCAGAGAGAGAGAUGGUGUUGGCACAGGAGGAGGCGGCACGGACUCACCAGGAGAAACAGAUGGAGGAGCUGCUUGGGGCAAUGGAGAAGGUAAAGCAAGAACUUGAGUCCAUGAAAGCCAAGAUGUCAUCCACCCAGCAAUCUCUGGCUGAGAAGGAAGCCCAUCUGACUACACUGCGGGCUGAGAGGAGGAGACAUCUGGAGGAAGUUCUCGAGAUGAAACAGGAGGCUCUGCUGGCUGCUAUCAGUGAGAAGGAUGCUAACAUUGCCCUGCUGGAGCUGUCCUCGUCCAAAAAGAAAAAGACACAUGAGGAAGUGGCACAGCUACGAAGGGAGAAGGAUCGACUGGUGCAGCAGCUCAAACAGCAGACACAGAAUCGGAUGAAGCUCAUGGCAGAUAACUACGAUGAUGGCCAUCUGAAAACGCCACCUGACCAGACCAACCACAAAGCUCCAAAAUCCCCUGAUCAGAUUAAAGCUGGGCGGAGAGCUGCAGUGACCAGGAGCUCUACAACUAGACACAUAACUACACCGUACAGCCAGAGAGGAGCCACCCCAUAACCCAUCCCUGUUUCUGUACAAAUCAAUCCUGACCAAAUCUCCCCGUACUCAGACAGGGCCUGUAUACCAACAAUUACUGUUGAAGCCUGGGUUGGUGAGAGUAAGACUGAAGCUGGGACUGUGACCUGGUCUCCUUUAAGAACAACAGUAAAUGGACCUUUAAUUCCAGGAACCGCCAGCUGUGAUCUAACGCUCCUCUUUCCGGGAUUCAUCUCUGCCCUCCUCUCCUCUUCUGUCCUCUCCUCUCAGCCGUUAUCCUCUGAUCUACAGAGCACAACAAACCUAAAAUAGUCAUCUCCUUGUCUUAAAAGCCCCAUUCAGGAGUUUUUGGUCUGUAGGUCUCCAAACUGUGUAUAAUCAGUAAAUUUUCCUGUAUAUACUGGAUAAAUAAUGGUUACGUUUUACGUUCGGAAUGAGCACCUGACAGCAAGUCCACAAAAAAAAAGAAGUAAAAGAAAAAAAUACCAAAAGAUCCUCACUGGGGCUUAAAUACAGGUGCAGUUGUCAAAUUCAGCAAUGUUAGCUGUGUUGUGAAUGCAUUUAUUUCAUUUUCUACUUCUGAUUACUGUUACAUUGUCCUGGUUGAUUACAGAUUUAGAAUGCCCUGCAAUGUGAUGGGUGGUGCUAUGUAAACAUUUAAAAAGUAACCUGAAUGCCAAACGUAUAUAAAAUAUAAUGCCAAUUUGACAGCUGCAUCUGCCGUUAGACUUGUGAGACUUGCGUUAACUUGUUGCCGUUUAGGUAGCUACCUUCUUGCACUUUCUUUACUGGUUGUACGCUUCUUUUUUGAAAAGAACUUUAGGACAUAAGCAUCAUAAAAGUGUUGAACGAAAAAUAUCAUCUCACCACGUAUGACACUCUGUCAGUGGUACAAAAUCAGGUACUGUACAUGUCACUUAAAUCCGACAUAACAGCUGCUAAAAUCAAUAGACAUAUAAUGUACGAUGUGUUUUUGUAGUGUUCAUGACAGUCAUACAACUCUUGUGAGGUGGCUGUGGGCUUUCAAUUUAAGUGUUAAUAUUUCCCUGUAUAGGCAGAAGAAGCACAGAGGUCCACUGUAGCAAUUAUUACAGGAAAGUAGGCUCCUGAAUUCAUCCUGCCACAUCUAGAGGUCUGAUUUAGGAGAGCACAUUGCUGGUUUUAUGUUCUCUCCUGAACGGCAAUGUCAUUCAGUCUUUCUCUUGCAGUAAUUUUUUUAAGUUGCAUUUGUGGCCUAUUGUCUUUGUGUAUUAAAAAAAAGAUAGUUCUCUUUAAAAAAAAAAAAAAGACAAAUUACAAAAGAGAUGAUAAAAGAUGAAAAGACGGGUAUGAGCAUUCUGACUUUGUAUAAAUGUGUAUGCAUAUAAAUAUGUAUUAUCAGUGUUUUUAAUCUCUGUGGGUUUUUUUUUUUUUUUUUUUUUUAUAAAUGUGCUUCAGAAACAGUUAAUUACAUUGACAAUUUAUUUAAUGUACUGUCCAUUUGCACUAAGUACAAACAGCUGCUUGGCAGCUAUUAUCCACAUUAAGAUUCACCAUUAGUCACAGCUCUCAAAAAUGGACCAACCUCAAGAUUAGAUUACAAGUUCAAACAAGUAACGAAAGAAAAGAGGCUAAUUCCAGUCAUUUUAUAGAGACUAUAGUCAUUAUAUAUUAAAAAACUAGGUUUGACAAUCUACUUGAUGCAGAAUCUGUGUUUGUAUGGAUAAUCACACAUACAUAGGCUAUGAAUUGUUACACGUUCAGCAUUUAGUUAUGAGCUCAAGAUAAUUUGCCAGAGUUUGUUAUUAUCAAAUUCUCUGCAUACACAUAUUAAGAGGCCAAACCCCAUCUCUAGUCUAGCUCAUUUUUUUUCCUUCAUGUUCACAAUAACAAACAGGUUAAUAGUGUAAAGAAAACAUGAACAUGUUUUAUAUUGUGAAAACUUACCGUGAUUUUUUACAACUAAAUAAUAUACUGAAUUAAAUUACACAUAAUAUCUACCAAUAAUUUAAAACAUUUAAGAGAUUGUAGGAAUAUAGAAAAUAAUAAUAAAAUAAGAAGCGAAUAGAAAAUAAUAAGCUAGGAUUGUAAAGUGUAUGAAAAAAAAAAAUAUAUUUUUUUUUUGUAACCAGUAAAUGUUGGUGUUGUGGUAUUACUUGGUGUUGGAGGGAAAAAUGACUAAUGGCCCAACCAUAGUUUAAAUAACAAAAAAUGGAAAUUUUAUGAAUACAAUUAAUUAAAUGAUAUUAAUUGUUGCUCUGUAAAUUAGUUUUUACAUAUUUUUCAUUUUCUGUAAAACAGAAUCCUUGGCCCAUACACAUACCAUGAAGCACUGAUAUCACUAUUUUCUAUGUAUAUUUAAAAAACUGUCCUCGAUUAUUAUAAUGGUAAAAUAUCGUUUACACAUUUUACUCAAAAUGAAAAAACUUUUCAUUAGUAUGUGUGUCUUAAUUCAUCAGUUGUUAUCAUUAGUUUAUUUUUCACUACAGAGUGAGCUAGACCUAAGACUGAGUGUUGAGUGUUUCAUUUACUUAAAAUAUACACAUUGAAGGCAUAGUACUAAUGCAUGUGCUCCACUCCACACAAAUGUACUGCUGCUAGACUAAACACAAUUUAUGUCUUACAUUUAAAGUUUAAAAUACAUAAACACAAUUCUAAACAAUUUAUUUUGAAUAUGAAUAGCAUUAAAUGUCUCGUUCCAGGCACUUGUUUUCUCACAAAAAUGUAAAAUUUAGUUUAAAUAAAAUUACUCAUAGUUCCUAGUAAAUUAUUUGCGCUUGUUCAGUAUUUACAGUACACUUUCAGCCUAUAGAUCACAAAAUAGAACAAGCUUUAAUAAAACAAGCUUUGGUUAUAUAAUAGAAUAACAGUUAUAAUAACAUAAUCUGCGGAGUAUUUCCAAAAGUCCUGGGAUUUUCACACACAGCAGCCAUUAUAGUUUACAUGCUAUGGGAGAGAACAUUAAACACUGAGUGAGCAACAUUUCUGCAAGCGGAAACAUCUUGAUGAGGUCUGAAAAGAAUGGGCAGACUGAAAGCUCACAGGAAGUCUAUGGAAUCUAUAGAUAUGUAGAUAGCAUCACUACUACAAUGGUGAGUUAAAAAGCAUGUCACGAUGCAAUGUUGAAUACAGCAAAUGUGCUAUAACAGCAGAAAUUAUUGACUAAGGCUCACAAUAAUGUAAACUCUAAAAACUUUAGAUAAACGCACAGGAAUAAAGUGAAUGGUGAGUGUAUAUGACAUUUAUAAAUAAAUAUAAGAGGGUAUUCGAUGAAAGGGUGAGAAUAAACCAAUAAGACCAUUCACCGUUUGAAAGCAUGGAGCAUGUUGGAUUAAUUAAGAGCAUCAGUGAGAAAAAAUUAGAAAGAUAUAAGCCCAAAGCUUAAUGAAGUCAAGCUUUUCAGAGUGCAAACAUUUGGACUUGAUAUUAUUUAUUGUUCAUUCAGAAGAAGAAACAAUUCCAGAUGUUUAUUUAGUAUUUUGCAGUUUGUCAUACACAAGAUUUCUGCAAAGAAAGAGAUUAUCUUAAGUACUCUUUUAUUGGGAAUAAAAAGCUGUGAUGAGCAAUGGGCCAUGAGAAGCCUUGUCUGUUCCAAAUCACAUCACUGUCACUAUAAGAGAGCUGAAAAUGGCUGAAUAUUGUUCACUAGCUUGGAAGUACAGACUGAAGGAUAUUCAGAUGUUUAUGUGAGCUGGUUUAUGGAAAAAUCACAGUGUUUACAUAGGCAGAGACACUGACUGGUUGAACCAUCGCAGGUGGAAUUCAAGCCAUGACGUUUCAUGGGCACUUUACAAAAAUAGCCCUAACCAUACAUGGUAACAUCUUUGUGAUUUGUUCUAUUAAACAAUUUGAAGGCUAUAUUUAAUAUGUGCAUAAUAAAAAAUAUAUAUUUCCUGA